GUUCCUUAGGUGGGAGGCGGCACCCGUGGCUGAGCAGGGGGCCUGCGAGCGACAUGUCCCCGGCGGUUGAGGCGAAACGGCCAGUGGCGCUGUGUGAUUGAGUCCGGGGCGGCCUGGCGGCCGGCCGAGGACGAGGGUCGGCGGGGGCUGUCCCUGCAGUGGUGGCCGCCAUGCUGAGUCCCCAGGCGGUUGAAGGAGCCGCUGUGGCGCUUCUGCGACUACUGCUGCUGCUGCUCCCGGCGCUCCUGGAACCCGGGCUCGGUGUGGUCGGCGCGGCUGGGGCCGGGCUACCUGAGAGCGUCAUUUGGGCAGUCAACGCGGGCGGCGAGGCGCAUGUGGAUGUGCACGGGAUCCACUUCCGCAAGGACCCUUUGGAAGGCCGGGUGGGCCGAGCCUCAGAUUAUGGCAUGAAACUGCCAAUCUUGCGUUCUAAUCCUGAGGAUCAGAUCCUGUAUCAAACAGAGCGGUACAAUGAGGAGACUUUUGGCUACGAAGUGCCCAUCAAAGAGGAGGGGGACUACGUGCUAGUGUUGAAAUUUGCUGAAGUCUACUUUGCACAGUCCCAGCAGAAGGUAUUUGAUGUACGACUGAAUGGCCAUGUCGUGGUGAAGGACUUGGAUAUCUUUGAUCGUGUUGGACACAGCACAGCUCACGAUGAAAUCAUCCCUAUGAGCAUCAGAAAGGGGAAACUGAGUGUCCAGGGGGAGGUGUCUACCUUCACAGGGAAACUCUAUAUUGAGUUUGUUAAGGGGUACUAUGACAAUCCCAAAGUCUGUGCACUCUACAUCAUGGCUGGGACAGUGGAAGAUGUACCAAAGCUGCAGCCUCACCCAGGACUGGAGAAGAAAGAAGAGGAAGAAGAAGAAGAAGAAUAUGAUGAAGGGUCUAAUCCCAAAAGACAGACCAAUAAGAACCGGGUGCAGUCAGGCCCCCGCACACCCAACCCCUAUGCCUCAGACAACAGCAGCCUCAUGUUUCCCAUCCUGGUGGCCUUUGGAGUCUUCAUUCCAACUCUCUUCUGCCUCUGCCGAUUGUGAGAAUAAGUGACUAUCCUGAGCAGGGUGGAGGGGAGUGGCAAAGAAACCAAACAUGCUGGUUUGGUUUCUGUGUUUUUCACAAUGAUUAACAGUCCCCUCUCACCCCCCUAAAAAAAAGGAAAAAAAAAAGAAAGAUAAAGAAAAACCCACAGACACAAAAGGUAAAGGAGAUAAAAAGAGGCAGAGUAAGUGGAGAAUUGUCUUUAUCCACCACCUGGUCCCAGACCUGCUUCAGUCCUAGUCUCUCUGUGGCUGGCCCCCAGCUGUCUCUUUCCUCUCUGGGGUACUUAGGUAAAUGGGUCCUUCCCGACAAGGAUUCUCAUUUAUAUAUGUAGUGGAAAGGACUCUGAACUCAGAGCAGUCUCAGUUCCUUAUUUUGUUUAGAAUUUAGCAGCAAGGAAAUGUCAUCUUUAUUACCUGAGAAGACCAGCAAUGGGAGCUGGAUAUGUUCUGAAGUCAUGGCCACAUUUUAAGAUGUCCUGGGAUUCAAAGAAUGUGUUCCUGAAGGUGUAUAAGAUGUGUGGUAAAGCCAAAAGGAGUUGAAAUAAGCUUAAAAAGUAAAUACUUCCUUACUUGGAAAGCUUUCUGGAUUAAUCCGGUGAAGGGUCCAUCUCAAGUAUUUGAGCUUUAUCACCACUUAUCUCCUUGACCUGUGCUAGUUAGAGGACUGUCAGGUAUCCAACAUGAUUAAUUAGUUUAUGUCUCAUCUUCAAAUUGCCUCUGACUUGUCACCAUAGCAAAUCAUUUUUAUUUCAGUGCCUGUUGGGGACUUGAUUUCUUUUCAGGUUUUUUCUUCAUCUGGCUCAUUUAAAAUUUCUGCUCCCUGUUAACCAACCCACUAAGUUAUUACCAAAAAGGGAAGGAGACAUAGGGAUUUAGUUCUCUGCUUAAAUGUCUUAUCCUCUACCACCUCACCUUGUUGGUAUUUCCCUUCCUGGAUCUCUGAGCCAGCAGCCAGGAGGACCUGACCCAGCAGUUCUUUACUGGCCCUUUUGAGGGGUCUUGCUGCCAGGGGACAGGGAUGCUUUCCAGCCUGCAGCAACAGAACACUUGACCUUAAAAGUCUUUUCUAGUCUUUGAAUUAGAAAAGGCUUAUGUUAGCGUAAUUUAAGAGCAACCUCAGAGACUUGAGCCCUACUAAGUGACUGACCACUGUUUAGAGUGUCUAGUAUCUGAUGUUCAUUUAUCCCUGCAUCCUUUGACACAGUUCAACCAGGAACUAGAAUGCUCUAGGACUGAUUGGCUGUAUUGGCCCGGCAGUUUCUUGUUGAUCUUACUAGUGUGCCUCUCCAUCCUUUUAUCUCCUUAUCCAAGUAGUAGUCAGGUUCUUGGCAUGAUGAGGUUGAAUGAUUCCCAGUUGGCCAUAAUCCUGGCAGCUCUGAAAGCUAACCUUAGCAUCUAAGUAUCUGUCUCGAAUUUCUGGCAAGUUUUCUACAGGAAAUGAAGCUUCAUUGUUCCCCUCCUUUCUGACCAUGGUCAUCCAUUUCACAGUUAGGGCAACAUGAGGUAGGAGCCAGCCAAUCUAAAAGGAAUUUUGUGGAUGGGAGGCAGCAGGAUUAGCUUCAGCCUGGGCUAUCACAGUAUAGAAUUUCCGGCCAGGCCCAUAUUUUUAGAAUGUGUCUAAUUUUGAGUUUGGCUUAUUGAGACUUUGUAUCUCUGAACUAUUCCUUAUGUGACAAAGUAAAUAGCUCUUGGGUUCAUAUCCAGGCUUUGGCUCUUAGUGGUUAUUCCAGGCCAGCUUUUAUUCAUUAGAGAAUUGUAACUCCUUAUUUUCACCAUGACUUGGGCCUCCGUCCUAAGGUGCUAAGUCAGGCAGCUGGAGGGCUUGUGAUCUGAAGUAGCAGUCAGGAGCAUUUCCUGGAGUGCUUCUGAAGCUUCUCUGCUUCUAAAGAAAUGAGGUACUGUAGCCCUGGUUUUGGGGACCACCUGCCUGGGAUGGUAGAUAUCUUGACUAGUUGGGCUUCUGGUGGUGGCUUUCAUUCUUUUUCCAUCAUAACCCCCAAAGCUCUGGGCCACUGCCAGUGGAUAAGACAAAAUGAAGGACUAGUUGCCUACAUUUUGCCUUGUUUGUUAGUUUGCCUGGAUCUCUUGAGAAGGAGGGGACGGGUCCCGCCUCCUCAUCUUAGCCCGUCCCUUCGGUGACUCAGUGUCUCAGAAGGAAACCGUGACUCCUGGGGCCAUUUCCUAACGGUACUGUAAGCCAAGCAGCUUUGCUUCUGCCUAUUUCCAAGCUUACCCCUUUCCCCAGGGAUAGGGAUGGGUGCUUUCCUCUCUGGUUGUGUCCAAAAGGAAGGAACAUCUUUCUGUGGCUAACAAAAGCUAAAGGGGAAGUGAGGAAAUGGGAAGAAGUAUGGUGGGGGCUGGGGUAGAUUCCCCUGGAGCAGAGCCCACCCAGCUACCAACGCUGCCUAGGGCUGGCUCUAUAGCUGGCCUCUGAUGCUGAACUUGAAAGCUUUUUUUUUUUCUUGGCUCCUUCAAGAUGAUAUAGGUACAUGAAGUUUGGGUUAAAGAGAUGGGAUGGGGCAUGCCUUAUUUUUAUUUUUGUAUUGUGUAUGCUAAGAAUUACUCUGUUCAUCUUUGCUUUUUGCACUGUUUGUUCCCCUAUCUGUAUUUUUGAGUUAGUGAGAGAACUGAGAGGCUGCACUUACAGAGAGGGAAGGAAGGCCAGGGCAUCUCUUUUGAUUUACACUGUCCCAAGUUUUAGGGCCCAUUGAACCCAGCCAGUCAAGACAAGAGACGUGUCUCUAGUCCAGUUUCUGUGAGAACCACAGAAAGACAUCUGCUGAAGAUGGACUGAGAAUCUGUAGUCUGGUCUGGUUUGGGUCAGGGGCUAGCCAGUGGUGAGUAAGCAGCUUACAGUAAGUAACCACUGGGGCCUUACUCAUGCUGGCUGAAACAUUGUGCCAAGAAACUAUCUAUGGGGUCUGUAUCCCUUAAACCAAAUCCAUUUUUCUGAAAAGUCUACUCCUGAGCAGGAAAAGUUGCUCAGUGGAUAUCCUGAGCUCUGGUGAUUUAAUAGAUAAUCUUCAAGUGGCAGUGGUAUCAGACUGCCAGGAGGACCAGCCCUGACCUGCAGGGCCAUCUGUGGUUUGGAGGGUGUGGUCAUGUUUUCUGGCUCCCACCGACCUGGAGAUCCUGAGGUCACAUUAGAAGUCUUGUAGGCUUUGAUGAGAUGGGGUAGUGCUGAGUUAAACUUUUCUCUCCUUUUCUGUGCCUGGGAACUAUUUGAUCCAGUUUUGGAACUGUGGCUUGACUUGCUUAUCUUUUUGGAGAAGCUUCUGUUUUAAGGAAUUUCUCUUUUUGGCUUGCCUAGUUUCUUCUGGGAAGGCCUAACCCUGGCUUCUAGAAUCUCAGCUGAGACCUUCAGAAAACAGAAUCAGUAUUUUCCUUUUCCUACCACUUAGGUCCCUUUCCCUAGAAAUUGGCUUACCAGGGGAUGCCCAGGAUCGAACUAGCAGGUUCUCUCCCUUGGGCAUUGGGGAAGGACCCACCCCGGUCAGCACAGUGCCUUUUCCUCUCCUGCUCCGAGCCAGGGUGGGCAUUCCCUCUAGAUUCAGGUGUGUGUGUGGGGUCCCACAGUCCUGGUCGUGGGCUGCUUCCCUAUGCUGCUUUCUCUUGGCUGGCCUACUCUGACAUAAUUCAAGUGUCUUCUUGUCUUGAGGAGCCUUAAUGGCAUCAUGUGGCAACAUGUAACACUGCCCUCCAUGCCUCCAAAAGGAAUUAGGAGAGCAAGUGAGAGACUAAUAGAUGCUCCUGUUUUGUUUUGUUUCUUAAAGACAAGGCUGGGGGAGGUGUGCUGUGGGCCUCCUACUAUGGCCCUUGAGGAAGGAGACUGGGGUAAGACUAAGUGAGAGCAUUCUGAAGCAGAACCAGAAACACCCAGAACCUGCUCAGAAAUCUGUCUCUUUUUGUGGGGCAAAUAUAAUUAGGGAUCAAAGAGCUGUAAGAAAAUUGUAAAGAAGCCUUAACAUUGAAGCUUCAGAGAGACCAGAGCAGUUUUCCAUUUCAAUUUGAGCUAGGAUUCUGUUUUUGGACCUCUCCGGGGGUAAGAGGACUCAGUUUCCUUACCUUGUUACAAGAGCAGCUUGGCACCGGAGGGCCAGCGGUCUGGGGAGGAUAGGUCUCUGCACGUGGGAGGCUUGCCGCCCUUCUAGUUGGUCCACCCCCAGCUGCAUUUGUCCAGCUUGUCUUGGGUGGCCACAGCAUCUUGAUAAGUGCAGAUGAUUUGGGGACUGGCUGGGUUGGCAGGAAAAGAACAGGCUGGUCUCUUGGGACGGGUCCCUCCCAGGAGUAGAAAAACAAGGAGCCAGGAUUGUGCUGGCAGCCAGGGAAACACUACUAGUGCCUGUUCGAGUUGGCAGAGAGGGCCUUGGCACUACUCGCAUCCAGGCAGUUUUGUGAGAUGGGAGCUCAUACCACCCGGAAAAGCAGGACUCCAUUCUCACCUCUAUUUUGAGCUUCAGUGCUUUAUUUCAAUAUGAGAAAAAACAACAACAAACUGAAGUGUGCUUUCCGUCCUUUCAAAGAACAACUGUCGGGAAAGGAGAGGCUAAGUUGCCAGGUAGGAGGGGAGAAUUGGCAAGAGAGACGUUUUGGCAAAACCAGGAACGACAUUCCUGACUCCCCUAGUUUGUCAUGAUCCAGGGAAUGAGAAGAAAUUGGACCCUGGAUUGGCUCCCUCCUUGGAUUUGAGGAAUGUUACUUUUUCCUUCCACGAAGGUCUCCCAGGCUAGGACCAGUUGCCCAUUCUGGGCUCAGGGCAGUCUCUUCAACCAUCAUUAGCUUAACCUCGCUUGUCAGGAAACCAACCCUGCCCUUCCAAAUUGGGCCUGUGCUCUAUUUGGUACCGAGUAUCAGAGAAAGUGUUGAGUUCUUGGUAGCUCCUACUCUAGUUUCCCAUCCUCUCUUUGCAGAGGUCAGACCAACUCUUUGUAGCUACAACAUGCAUUUACAGCAGCAGCACAGCAAGAUGUACUUGAGGGGCUUUGAACCUGGCUGGCCAGGGAAGCAGUGGGGGUGGAUAGAGCUGUCUUUCCUUCUGGCUGUCUCCAUCUGUCCCUAUCCUUUCCACGCCCCACCCCACUCCCACCACAAAGUAAAAACAUCAGGAUGUUUUUCACUGUCCAUUGCUUUGUGUUUUAAUAAACAAUUUGCAGUGACACUC